GGUUUCGAUUGUUUUUUUGUUCCGUUUUCCGUACAGAAGACAGUCAGCAAGCAACAGUGGUUUAGCUACAAGUAUUGAACCUGUGACUGAAGUCAACAUUAUAUAACAUAUAUGGUUUACAUGUGUCUUGUGGAGGCAUUUAAGUUAAUAUCCGGACCACAUGGACAAGACUGAGUGUCAAAUAGUUGGAGCUUGGUUUGGGUAGACAGUAGUCGUGUGUAAACGUCAAGAAGAUUCAUAGCUACCAGAGUGCUAACCAGAGUGAACGAAGGGAAGAUAAGCUAAGGCAUUUUCGAGUCAACCUGCCUGGUUAACGUUAGCUACUUGUACGCGUUAUCUGUCUACGGCAGUUAGCUAGCUAAGUUACUCGCCAGAAUCAUCGAAAUACUAACUACAAUCCGCAACAUUACCAGCAGUGUUUGAGGAUGAACCACCUGUCCCUGAGUGAGCUGUGCUGCCUGUUCUGCUGCCCUCCAUGCCCCAGCAAGAUCACCUCCAAGCUGGCCUUCCUGCCACCGGAGCCCACCUACACCCUCAUGUGUGAUGAGAGCGGGAGCCGCUGGACCCUGCACCUGUCUGAGCGCGCAGACUGGCAAUACUCAGCGCGUGAGAAGGACGCCAUCGAGUGCUUCAUGACACGCACUUCACGCGGCAACCGCAUCGCGUGCAUGUUUGUGCGCUGCUCACCCAACGCCCGCUUCACACUCCUCUUCUCACACGGCAACGCGGUGGACCUGGGCCAGAUGAGCAGCUUCUACAUCGGCCUGGGCUCACGCAUCAACUGCAACGUCUUCUCCUACGACUACUCGGGCUACGGGGCCAGCUCGGGGAAACCCUCGGAGAAGAACCUGUACGCUGAUGUGGACGCCGCCUGGCAUGCACUCAGGACACGGUAUGGUAUUAGGCCAGAGACUGUGAUUGUGUAUGGUCAGAGUAUCGGUACGGUCCCUUCCGUGGACCUGGCGGCACGCUACGAGAGCGCCGCGGUCGUCCUGCAUUCCCCCCUCACCUCUGGCAUGAGAGUGGCCUUCCCAGACACCAAGAAAACCUACUGCUUUGACGCCUUCCCCAAUAUUGACAAGAUCUCCAAGGUGACUUCUCCAGUGCUGGUAAUUCACGGGACAGAGGAUGAGGUGAUCGACUUUUCCCACGGCCUGGCGCUGUACGAGCGCUGCCAGAGGCCCGUGGAGCCCCUGUGGGUGGAGGGCGCCGGCCACAAUGAUGUGGAGCUCUACGGACAGUACCUGGAGCGCUUGAAACAGUUUGUGGCCCAUGAGCUCGUCAACUUGUCAACUUGACUUCACCCCUCAAUCACACCUGUUGCAACUGUGAACCUCAUGAAAUACCCACCCUUUUGUUUUUUAUUUUGUUUUAUCUUAUAAUUUGGAAUUGCACUGUGUGUGUGUGUUGGGGGAGUCGGACGGACGAUGGACAGAUAUGUACUCAAGAGGAUUGUGUGUUUUGUGCAUAGAAGAGCAGUGGAUUUUGUGUGUGUGUGUGUGUGUGUGUCACACAUUUUCUGCCUUUCAGAAGAAUGCGGUCCUGGUCCAUUGUAAGGAUUUUUGAGCAUAUCUGAGAGGUUUGUGUGGAACAGCCAUGCUGGAUGGAAGACUGGACCGCAACUCAACCCAGUCCAUCUUGACUAAGGAGCCAAGUCUGAUUCAAUGUAGUCAACGUGGAUAUUUUGUUGUGUAUUUGUUUCUAUUUUAAGUAUAUAAAGUUUGCAUGUAUCACGUGACUGAGAACUGUACGAGACAAGUCUGACAUUUACGAUGGCAGUGCCAGUGUUGCCAAAGUUCAGCAUAUUGAAGAAAAUGGCAUGCAACUAUAUUGUAUGUACACCCUAGAAAUAUCUCCAAAGUUGUAUAAGCUGUACAAAGUUUUUUGUUAUUGUUAUUACUAUGUUGUUUUUCAUGUAUUCUUUCAGUAAGCUACUACGACUCCAUCGUAGUAUGAAGAACAAUGUUUUUUCAGACCAGUGACAUGCUGGAUAGUUCCAGUUAAAGAUGUAUAAUGUACAUGUAACAUUAAUAAUAAAGCUUAUUUACCAAUUCAGA